AUGACUGUAACCGAUGUGCUCGGGUCUGGUCCGAAACCGGCUGUUUCUGUGAUGGGAAUUGGGGUGGAAUAUCCCCCAUCCAAGCAGGGACCGGAGUUUGCGGAGGCGUUGGCUCAGCGACAUUAUGAUCUCACUCCGGCGUUGCAGAAGAGUUUGGAAAUCAACCGGAAAAGUCGAAUAGAGCAUCGCUACAGCGUGUUGGACCCCGACCACGAAUACUGGCACCAACGUGAGGUCCCUACCAUCAGCGAAUGCGAUGCCCUCUUUAAACAAUAUGGCAUCCCACUGGCGGUCAAUGCUUGUAACAAAGCUAUUGCGGACUGGGGUGGUCGGUCGGCGGAGAUCACCCAUGUGGUCGCAGUGACCUGUACUAAUACCUCCAACCCCGGGUUUGAUGGGCUAGUUUGCCAGAAGCUCGGCCUGCGUAACAACACCCGCCGAGCCCUUCUGCACGGGGUGGGUUGUGGGGGUGGCCUUGCGGCGAUCCGCAGCCUCAUCAUUUGCUGCGAAUUGCCUACGAUCUUUACGCGGGCAGAGUUGGACUCCGUGAGCCAGCAGCAACGACCCAAUGUGGCCCUUGGGCUCUUUGGGGAUUGUGCGGCUGCGCUUGUUCUCAGCAACGGCAUCGGGGUCAAGCAAGAGGAACGUGUCCCUGUCUGGGAUGUGUUGAAUUGCCAAACAACUCAUUUGGAAGGGUCCGAAGGGUUGGGGGAAUUUAAAAUCGGCCCCAAUGGAUAUGUGGCCAAGAUUGACAAGAAGAUUCCCCUUGUCAUUGGCCAAUCCAUUCAUGGGGGCUUUACCAAUCUAAUUUCAUCGACGCCCGGUGUCGCCUCUGAGCCCAGUAAUUACAGCCCUGGGAUCUACGAUUGGGCCUUUCAUCCCGGCGGAUACGCUUUUCUUCUUGCUGCGCAGGAGGUACUAGGGUUGUCGGCGCAUAACCUGCGCAAGGCCUUUGAGGCAUAUAGUGAUGGCGGUAACACUGUUUCCAGCACUGUAAUCAGCAUCUUGAAUCGACUCAAAAAAGAACGUGAGAGUGGUGUGAAAGACGAAGGACAUCAGGGGGAAGGAUCUACGUCUGGCAAGGGAGCAGACAAAGUGAUUGCAGUCGCAUUUGGCCAUGGCUUAACGAUGGAGAUGAUUAUGUUCACAAAGCCAGCACUGCCAGAGACAGUUUAG